AACGCGCUCAUACUUGAUCCAAGUUAGGAGCUGUGAGCUCAGCUGCUGCUAACCAGCCUGAGGCCCAUCAUGUAGCUGAGCGCCACCGAGCUCCAUUUCCCUCCUCCGCUGCGCUUCCGGUGCAGAACCGUGACCGGAAUCUACCGGGAGGGAGAGCUGCAGCUCGCGCACUGCGCCUCGCGCUCGCGGGACUGACUUGAGACGGAAAGCGCACGAGUGCAUGAAGAUCCGGUGCAGCUCUGCAGAGAGAGAGAGAGAGAGAGAGAGAGAGUCCUCCAGACCGCCGAAGAAGAAGCACGAGGUGGGGGGAAGAGAGAGAGAGAGAGAGAGAGAGAGAGAUGGAGGGAGGGAGCGAGAACGAACGCAAAGGCUUUUGUGCUUCCCCUCCCCCCCACCGGAGCAAAGGGGAAAUGUCCGUGUCCAAAGGAGGAGCUAAGAAGAAGCUGCCCAGGCUCCCGAAGGAGGCGUUUGAGCAGCAACCUACCGCUCCUACACCCCCGAGAGACCUGGAUUCAAAAGCCUGCGUUACCAUCGGAGAGAAGAAUUUCGAGGUGAAGGCAGAUGAUCUGGAGCCGAUCGGAGAGCUGGGCAGGGGGGCGUAUGGAGUGGUGGACAAGAUGAGGCACGUGCCCAGUGGCAUAAUCAUGGCUGUAAAGAGAAUCCGAGCGACGGUGAACAGCCAGGAGCAGAAGCGGCUGCUAAUGGAUCUGGAUAUUUCCAUGAGGACGGUGGAUUGCUUUUUCACGGUGACUUUCUACGGAGCGCUGUUCCGAGAGGGCGACGUGUGGAUCUGUAUGGAGCUAAUGGACACCUCACUGGAUAAGUUUUACAAGCAGGUCCAUGAGAAGGGGAUGACCAUCCCCGAGGACAUCCUGGGCAAGACGGCCGUCUCGAUUGUGAAAGCUCUGGAACACCUGCACAGCAAACUGUCCGUGAUCCACCGAGACGUGAAACCGUCCAACGUGCUGAUAAACAUGCAGGGGCAGGUGAAGAUGUGUGACUUCGGGAUCAGCGGCUACCUGGUCGACUCGGUGGCCAAAACCAUGGAUGCGGGCUGCAAACCCUACAUGGCGCCGGAGCGGAUAAACCCAGAGACCAAUCAGAAGGGCUACAAUGUCAAGUCUGAUAUCUGGAGUUUAGGAAUCACCAUGAUCGAGCUGGCCAUCCUGCGUUUCCCGUAUGACUCGUGGGGGACGCCGUUCCAGCAGCUGAAGCAGGUGGUGGAGGAGCCGUCCCCUCAGCUCCCCGCUGACCGCUUCUCCCCAGAGUUCGUGGACUUCACAACAAAGUGCUUAAAGAAGAAUUCCAAAGAGAGGCCAAACUACACAGAACUCAUGCAACAUCCCUUUUUCACCUACCACGACUCCAAAGAGACGGAUGUGGCCAGCUUCGUCAAGAUCAUCCUGGGCGACUGAGCCCCUCGGCGAAGGCGGGGCAAAGCAGGACUAAUUCCACAGAAAAAAAAAAAAACCCAACCACCCAAUUGCAAGACUGACACCUGGAAGCCACGCCCACCUCAGGCAGCAGUUCAGGGGGGCUCAUGAGAGAGAGAGAGAGAGAGAGGGGCCAGGUGAGGGGGCGGAGACUGAAUCAAAGGGGGCGGGGCAUUUCUUCAGAACAUACAGAUGAUGGGCAGGGCAUGGAGUUGUGGGGGCGGAGACUGAAUCAAAGGGGGUGGGGCAUUUCUUAGGAACAUACAGAUGAUUGGCAGGGGACGGAGUUGCGUGUGUGUGUGUUAAUUAAAGAAGGGUGUUAGAGUCCUGAUCUGAUUUUUAAAAUUUUUUUCUCCCAUAUGAAAACCUUUUAAGAGAUCCGUUUACUUUACAGCAUUAUAACAUCAACACGGAUAAAGAGGAGCGAUUUAUAGAUCGAUUUAUACUUUAUAUGAAAGGUGUGAUUUGAAUCUGGCAAUAUAUUUUAAUCACAGUUGUUCGAGAUGCUAAAAUCGCUUCGGAAAAGUCGCGCCUUUAAGAGCUGAUCUCAGGUCAGUUUUUAAAUGUGCUGUGAAUAUACAAGGUCAACAGUUAAAGCCCACAAAACUGAUCUGAGUCAACGUGGAUUAUUUGACGAAACACCUUUCUCAGUGAGUCCUAAGUGAAUCUAAUAACAAUUAUCCUAAUACUCACUCGAUCUGACAUUUUUGCACUCUCCCACCUCCGAACACACCUGCACCAGGUGAUCAUGUGACUCGAGUUCGAGAAUUGGAUCAGGAUUUGGGGCGGAGCAGAAAUGUGAUGAAAAAUGUCUUUGGGGGGAAGAAGCUGGCUUAAGUUCUCCAGCUCACUGAGAAAUCCAGCAGGACCCUUUAUGAAGAGUGUGUGUGUGUGUGUAAGGUUAUCUGGGGAAUUGGUAUCUUUUUGGUCUGUUGCUUCAUCUAGUCCUCUGUUCUGAGCCAAUCAAGAGAGUUCUCGCUCUGUGUUCAACUGCAAUUCAACUGGAAAUUAUUACUGUUAUUGUCAUGAUGAUGAUCAUUAUUACGAUAUCCCAUGUUAUGAGAACGUGUGUAUUAACCUGUCUGAGGUGUUUUGCAGUUUCUGUAUUUAUUGUAACUGCUGGUUUUUGUUUUAUUUUUCUUCUUCAUUGAAAACUUGACCUUUUUUUUCCCUUUUUAAUUUUAAGGUGCGUGCGUGUGAGCGAAUGUUGGGGGGAAUUAGCUUUUUGUGUGUGUGUGUGUGCACGAGUGUGUGUGUGUGUGUGAGAGAGAGGAUAUUGUAUUACAGUUUGGACACACGUAGCUGACACUUCUCUGAAAGUCUCACCGUGACUCAGAAGCCUGAUUUGUGCCUCUUUAUAGAAAAAAAAAGAUCUACAAUACAUUAAACAGAAAAAUGAAAAACCCA